AUGAAAUUACCAGAGAAAAAAGAUGAAGAUUCACAAAUUGCAUUUAAAAAUCAAAUUAUUCGAAAUAUUCAGAAUACGAAUAUUGCAUUGAGGCCCAGAAAUAAAACGCAGAAGAAAACAAAAAAGAAAGUGAAAACUGUGAGCACCUUGGAACGUGAACUUGCCGCGAAACCUCCUUCACCAGUAUAUGAUAAUAAAAAGACAGUGAUGGAGGAAAAUGAAAUGAGCGACAAAAGAUGGAACGAAAAUGAUGAAACCGGAAAACGUAAAAAAGGUCGGAAAAAUAAAAAACAACAGAUUGUAGACCAACAGUUUAUUACCAGUCCUGUGCCGAAACUGUCACAUUCAUCGAUGGUAGAUCCAAUGGGUUAUCGAAAAAUUGUAAUGAAAGGAUGGAAGCCGCAUUACAAAGUGAAAAAAAUUUGGUUACAAGAUCUCUCUAAGGAAUAA